AUGCGCUGGGCGCUCGCGAUUGUUUUCGGUAGCCCGACGUUACGCAUAGCUGAGAAAUGCGAGGUGCAGAGUGCAGUUACCCUCCGGCAGCAGCCGGAGCUCAGGGUGCCGUAUAGCUGGUUCGUGAUGGAUGACGGGACAGUUCACGGGGUGUCGACCCUAUCAACGGGUCUCACACAGGGGACAAUAGUCCUGCAUCGGCAGCCAGACGGCUUCCACUGGACGAUAGCCGAGACGUCGGUAACCUACUCGGACGGCUGGUCGGAUAUAAAGGUCCUCCACCAAGCUCAACGGGACAAUGGCCUCGUCGUAGCGGCACAUCCCGCCAUCCACGGUUUUCCGUGGGUAGUUCCUGACGCUUUAUCGAAUCUCCAAGCGCUAUGUCAUCUGAAAAGACAACCCUACCAGCGAGUUGAAGGGGACUAUGGGAAAGGGCUUAAUGGUGUUCUCCUCCGGUUACAGCAAUCGGCGGAACGCAACGAAAGAUACUGUGCGGCCCUCAAUCAGACACCGAGAGAGUUUUGGCGCCACCGCAACGCGAUCACCGAGUAUCAAGUGUGGUUUUACUACCGAAUGGCGCUGCAUCAGCUCAAUUUAUAUAGCCCAGGGUUGCUGGCAGGCGCUCAUUACCUACUGGACCGGAUGCUCGGGGAUGCCGAUUAG